AUGAGUUCCAGGCUGCUUCCAGAGAUACAAAAAACUCUUUUCUGUAAGAAGCUCCUGGCUGCAGCGCUGUGUGUGCUGGUGGUGCUGCCGGAGCCGGGCAGUGCCAGGAGCCUGUGGAAACGCGCUCUGCUGAAAAUGACGGAGAAAUACGAUGAUUAUGAGUACCCUCUUCAUUCUCACAGCUCCCAGCAGCAGCAGAAGAGCGACCGGUGCCCGCCGCCGCCGCAGAGCCUGCCGGAGCGCGCCUGCGAGGUGCCCAGCUGCCGCUCCGACGCCGAGUGCCAGCGCCACAAGCGCUGCUGCUACAACGGCUGCAUCUACGCCUGCCUCGAGUCCGUGCAGCCCCCGCCAGUCCUGGACUGGCUGGUUCAGCCCAAGCCCCGCUGGCUGGGAGGCAAUGGGUGGCUUUUGGAUGGCCCAGAGGAAGUCUUACAAGCUGAGGCCUGCAGCACCACAGAGGACGGGGACGAGCCCCUGCACUGCCCCACAGGCUACGAGUGCCACAUCAUCAACCCGGGCAACACGGCCGAGGGCAUCCCCAACAGGGGCCAGUGCAUCAAGCUCCGGGGAAACCCAGAUGGACACAACCUGAGGCAUAAGUAUUACAAGGAAUAUAUUGGGAGCAACUCCAACAAUUUGGUUGGCUAUGUGAAAAACCAGCAGAAGCAUUUGGGCUAAUUGAAGGUGUGCCUGGCUGGACCCCUCUGUCAAGGAAUGCUUUACCCAGCAGCUUUCUGGUCCCAGAUCUCCACAUCUCCAGCACCCCCUGGUCCCUGUCCAUCACUGACAGAAAAAUUCAUUAUCCAAAGAAAAGUCCAGGUUUUAACCCCACCAGGAAGGGGAGAAAUGUGAUCCCCUGAAGGAAACCACACUGCUUAUCAGCUGCCCUUCUACAAAUGAAAUGCAAACACCUCCAAGGGAUCCCUGUAAGCCACAGUGCCAUGAUCAGGCUGCUGACACAGAGCCAGCCCUUCGUGUGCUUGUUGUGUGACCAAUUCAGAUUUCAGGCCUGUGAACACAACCCAGUGACGUCAGAAUUCUACCUAAAUAUCAUCUCUAAGUUGCUUUAAAAUAGGUGAGACUAAAGAGGUUCUCUGGAUCAAAUCCAGCGCCUGCCUGUCUGGAACAACCCCUUUAAAGAAGCCUUU